AACACGUCAUACCGCGCGACGCAGCGCCUGCCAGUGACGCCGUAGGCUGCAGCGCGGCAGCACCCAACGCAGUGAGUGUACUGUGACCUCCUGUGUGGCCUCGUCCCUGGCCUUAGUUUCCACCGGGCAGUGGGGGUCAGGACCGCCUGUCCUCAGGCCCCUCCGCAGCGACUGUGGCGGCCGCAGAGGCAGCCGGACCUGUCUUCAGGUCCCUUCCUUGGUGAGAGACAGGGGUACGCCAGAGGAAGCUGGGCGCUCGGCCUCCGUGCAGCCUCAUCUCCUGGAAUCUGAGUAUUGGAAACUGGGCUUUUACCUCGGACACCUCAGCACAGACUCCCAUGGGAAUCCAGGUCACAGCAAAGUAGCCCUGGGCCUCCAUUCUCCUUUAAGCAAGCAUGACAAUCCUCACCUCACUGGGUUUUGAUUAAAACUAGCAAUGACCUUAGAAAGCAAGACAUGACCUCAGCUCCACUUUUGAGGCUGCAGUCCAUUCAGAGAGGUUUCGCAGACUCGGCCAGAACAGACAGCCUGGGCCCUGCCGCAGGCUGACUCAGAAUCCUUGGGAGUAGUGACCAACUUCUGCUUUUGGAAAAACCUCUACAGGCGGUUCUGAGAAGUCCAAGGGUUGCUGGGAGAGGUUGCACGUCAGGGCCUGUACUGACCACCUCCACGUGCCACUGGGGCUCUAAGGAGGAAUGGCGGCUGUGGGCAGCCUGCUUGGCCUGGCAGCUUCUUCCUGGCUAGGGGGCCAGAACGGCUCUGACCACAGCCUGCAGCUCCUUAGGAAGCCCCGAGGCUCAUCCUGCCCUGGCACGGGUCACCAGCUCUGCCGGCUGAGGCAGAGCACCGUGAAGGCCACCGGACCUGCAUUCCGCCGCCUGCACGCAUCCUCCUGGCGAGCUGACAGCAGCAGGGCCUCACUCACUCGUGUGCACCGCCAGGCUUAUGCACGACUCUACCCCGUGCUGCUGGUGAAGCAGGAUGGCUCCACCAUCCACAUCCGCUACAGGGAGCCGCGGCGCAUGCUGGCGAUGCCCACAGAUCUGGACACCCUGUCUCCUGAGGAGCGCCGGGCCAGGCUGCGGAAGCGUGAGGCUCAGCUCCAGUCAAGGAAGGAGUACGAGCAGGAGCUCAGCGAUGACUUUCAUGUGGAGCGCUACCGACAGUUCUGGACCAGGACCAAGAAGUGACCGUGGCUCCAGCCACCCCGGGACAUUACUAAGAUGGGAAGGCUGUUCUUAAAUCGCUCGUUCUUGAAGCUGCCA